AUGGCAUAUCGAAGAUGCUUAAUUGCAUCAAUCAAGUGCACUAAGUUUCUAUUGAGACAAGGUCUUUCUUUUCGUGGAAAUGAUGAAAGUGCAACUUCAAGCAAUAGGGGAAAUUACUUGGAGUUAUUGCAAUUCCUUGCAGACAAUGAUGAGAAAGUUAAAGAAGUUGUGUUGGAAAAUGCUCCGGGGAAUCUCAAGUUAGUAGCUCUAAAGAUUCAAAAAGAUAUUGUGAAUGCAUGUGCCGGGGAAACACUUGAUGUCAUCAUGAGUGGUUUAAAAGAUAGAUUCUUUUCUAUAUUGGUGGAUGAAGCACGUGAUAUUUCUGUGAAAGAGCAAAUGGCUAUGGUGUUGCGUUAUGUGGAUGACAAAAGGCAUGUAAUUGAAAGCUUUUCCAAGUUACGAGGACAAGGUUAUGAUGGAGCUAGCAAUAUGAGAGGUGAGUUGAAUGGCCUUAAAACAAAGAUUUUGAGAGAACAACCUUGUGCAUACUAUGUUCAUUGCUUUGCUCAUCAACUUCAACUAGCACUUGUUGCCGUAGCAAAGAAGAAUAUUGAUAUUGCCUCUUUCUUCACAACCACUAAUAGUGUGGUUAACCAUGUUGGAGCAUCGUGUAAGCGGCGUGAUGCACUUAGAGCACAACUCCAAGAAGAACUUGUGAUAGCUUUUGCAAAUGAUUGUCUUAUAACAGGGCGAGGUUUGCAUCAAGAAACAAGUCUCAAACGUGCCGGUGACACACGAUGGAGCUCACAUUACGGUACCAUUAUUAGCAUCAUUUCUAUGUUUUCAUCUGUGAUUCAUGUGCUUCAAAUGAUUAUUGAUGAUAAUCCCAAUGAUAGUGCCGGUGAAGCAAAUAAGAUUCAAAGGGAAAUGCUUACUUUUCAGUUUGUGUUUCACCUAUUCUUAAUGAAGGCUAUAUUGGGACUCACAAAUGAUGUGUCACAAGCAUUGCAAAAGAAAGAUCAAGAAAUUGUGAAUGCAAUGGCUUUGGUGAAAUCAUGCAAGGAAAAACUACAUUGGAUGAGGAAUAAUGGGUUUGAUGCAUUGGUUGAAGAGGUGUCUUCAUUUUGUGACAAACAUCAUAUUGAUGUUCCUACCAUGGAUGAGGCCUUCGUACUUCCAGGGAGGUCAAGGCGUAAUGCUCCAAUAAAGACAAAUAGUCAUCAUUAUCAUGUGGAGCUCUUUAUUUAUGUCAUUGACGAGCAACUUACGGAGUUAGAUGAUCGUUUUAAUGAGGUAAAUACUGAGUUGCUUAUUUGUUUGGCAUGUUUGAGUCCAAAUGAUUCAUUUGUAGCUUUUGAUAAACAAAAGUUACUUCGUCUUGCUCAAUUUUAUCCUCAAGACUUUUCGGAUGGGGAUCUUUUGGCACUUGAUGAUCAACUUGAGCUUUAUAUUCAUUAUGUGAGUUCGAGUAGUGAUUUCUCUUACUUGCAAGGGAUUGGUGAUCUUGCAAAAAAAAAUGGUGGAGACAAGGAUGCAUCGAGCAUUCAAUUAUGUGUAUUUGCUUAUUACAUUGGCUCUAGUUUUACCGGUUGCUACUGCUUCAGUCGAGAGGGCAUUCUCCGUCAUGAAUAUUAUCAAAGGUCCACUUCGGAACAAAAUGGGAGAUCAAUGGUUGAGUGA